AUGAUUUCUCUCUCGAAUUUCAUUUCAAUUAAAAUAAUCAUCGAUGCUCUUAUCUAUUUCUUUUUUAUUAGUAAUACAAAAGGAAAGAAAACAUCGGCAAAUAAUACUAUUACAAUGGAGUGGACAGCAGCAAAAUCGUAUUAUAUUGGUUAUAAUUCAAUCGAUCGAUUUGUUUCUAUCAUAUUUAUUCAUAAUUAUUUACUGACAUGGUCAAUGGCUAUAUUUUCUUCUUUAAUUCUUCCUGUUUUAUUCAUAUUUGCACCAUCAUCACUUCGUACAACUCGUACAUCACAUUUUCUUAUUAUCUGUCUAGUAUGUUUAUCAAAUAUGUGUUCUCUUUAUGUUCAAGCAUAUAUGAUAAGUGAUAAAGGUGAACUAAAUUUAUCAUAUCAUACAUGUCGUUUUAUUGUUUAUAUAUCAACAUUUGCUAAGCCAAUUGGACUUUAUUUAACAUUGUUAUUUAGCAUUGAAAGAUUAAUUACAAAAGUUUUAUCAAAUUUUCUUUUACGUUUUAUGAAUUAUCGUCAAUUAUGUCAAAGAUUAUAUACAUUAUUAAUUUUUCUUGGCACUAUUUUAAUAUUGUCUAUUCGAUUAUUUCAAGUUUUAAAUUUAAUUGUACGAAAUCAAUCUGUAAUAAAUGUAACAUCGAAUGAUGAUAUCGAUCCAUAUGACAGUAUAGAAGAUGUCAGUAGUAAUUCAACAGAUCGCUAUAUUACAUUUAAAUAUUGCUUUAAUUCAAUGAAUAUAUAUACCUAUGCUAGAUUUCUUUCAUUUUAUACUAUACAAUAUUGGUUUGAACACUUUGCAAUAAUCAUAAUUAUUCUUAUUUUAUUGAUUAUUAUUAUUCAACAAUGUUUAUUACCACGUAUUCAACAACAAAAUUUACCACUUCAUUUUAGUGUUAAUACAAAACUUUAUUUAUCACUUUCAUCAUGUGUUAUUAUAUCAGAAUUAUUGUUAGUUUUCUUGCAUUGUGUUGUCGAUGAUAUUAAAUAUAAUAAUACAGAUGCACAAGCAAUAUCACUAGAACUUAUGUUAUUUGUAUACAAUAUUCGUUGUAUUCUUCUUCCAUUUAUCGUUUGUAUAACGACUUGCGAGCCAUUAAAAGAACUGUUUUUUGAAAUGUUUAUUUCACGACCUUAUCUCGAUAAUAUUGAUGAAAAUGAUACUACCAAUACACAAAAUAAUCGAGCAGAACCAUUUUCAUCUACACAACGAACAAGUAAUCGUCUUCAACAAAAAUUUCGUCGUACGUUUACAAAAAAUAAAACGAAUGAUAAUGACGAAUAUUUUGAUAAUGAAGAAUCACAGGCUGAUUUGUGA